AAUUGACAUUCAGAGCAACGGUUCGGAAAUUAUGGAAACAUAAGAGGUAUUGAUAUAAAUCAGAAGAACUUUGCAUUCGUUCAGUUCGAGCGCAUAGAAGAGGCACAGAAUGCCUGUCAGUGUGAGAAUGGAUCCAAUUAUGGCAACAAGAAAAUCGAGGUGCGCCUGUUUGACAAGAGCGGUCAUCCCACCAAAGGUCGGCCCAAGAAUGGCAAUCCCAAUAGGGAUAGGAGUCGUAGCCCACAAAGAGGGCCAAUGGGUAAUCGGCCUCCAAUGGGUGGACCCACAGGGACCAGACACGGAUCUAUGAUACCAAAUAUGAAUCAAUAUAUGGGUGAUGAGUACCCGCCAUAUCAGGCACCGCCGCCAAUGCCCUCUACAGAACCAGUGGUCGGCAAUGAGAUCGAAAUCAUUGUCGUUAGUAAAGAGCAAUGGGGUUACGCCGAUAUGAUUGAGAAACGCAUUAAACAGGAGUCUGGGAUCCGUUUCAUUGAUAUGCUGUUUCUUCAUUCGCCCGCUUCUCUUAAUCUUACACUCAAUGAUCUCUUUGCGAGACAAACUUUGUAUGCGUUAGUCAUCGCACCCGUCAAUGAGGAACAUAUGUCUGUCACUCUUCACGUCCUCCACAACCAAACGGAGCACCGAAAUAUGCCUCUGGAAGACGCCAUCCAAUUGAUAAACAAUGACUUCAGAGCAUUCAAUGAGUCGGGAGGUGUGGGCCCCACGGGGCCGAUG